AUGUUAGCCAUGGUACAUUGCCAUAGCUCCCUUCAAGAUGCAUACAUUCGUGCCAAAGCUCGAUCAACGAUUAAUGAUCGUCGUCCAGAUUUGGUCAAUACUCGUUCGGCAAUACCGAUAAAAGCUAGUCAACCAGUACCUGUCAAUCCUGACUUGUUCUUUCCUCCUCUACCUGGACAGUCGAAUAAUGAUUUUCAUCCACAAUUACGUCGACUUCCAUUAGCACACGAACCAUUGUACUACUAUUCAUGGCAUAUACACAGUUAUUUCUUUCACGAAAACAAAAAUGUUACUGCACGUGCUCUAGGUAUCCGAGAACAAUUUAUGAACUAUUUUAGCAUCAAAAAAUGCGAGGGCAAUUGUUUUAUGGGUGGAAUAUUUGAUAAUUGUACAGGAAUGUGUGUAUGGGAUCCGGUAAUGGGUGUUGAUGGACCACAUCCAUAUGGACAAUGGGGUGUCUAUUUGCCAAAUGAACUUUUGAGUGAGACAUUAUCGUGGAUGUCGGCAAACCAUGGUGAAUUUGAAGUUUUGUUUCAUCCAAAUACUGGAGAAAUGAUUGGCGAUCACGACAGUCAACAACGAGCAAUGUGGAUCAAACAACAGGUGCCACUUGAUUUAGAUUUCCUGAGAUGGUUACAAUGCAAGUGGUUUGGAUGUGUUGAUGAUUCGUAA